AUGUCUACUGUCCAAACCCAGACUGCCCUGGUAAGGAAGACAAAACUCACAAAACAAGAUCACCUUGGUGCAUACAACAAAUUACGCCAACGGAUGAAGAAUCAACUCAGACUAGCUGCUAAAGGUGAAGGAUCAGCUGAAUCAUUAAGUAAUAUAGAAGAAUUGAAACGGUUAUAUAAUGCCUUGGAGAAGGAAAAAGUACGAGAUACAAAGAUCCAUCUUGAGGAUUCAGAAGUGUUUAAAGAAGCCUCGAAUUUUGCUGCUUUGAAUGCUCGUAAUUUACGGUUUGGUGAAAGUGGAAUUGCCUUGGAUGAAAGAGAUGUUUUGAAAAGGUUGCGCAAGUAUGCUGCUACUGAUAGUUCCAUAUUGAGUGAUAUUGCCAAGACAGAUGAAAAUGACGCUGAUGUGGGAGGCUAUGAUGAUGAUGAUGAUGGCGAUGAUGGCGACGAUGAGCUCAUUACUGAUGAGUACACGUUUAACAAAGUCAACUGGUUGAAAUUAGGGGUAUUGUACCAACAACUUAGUAGGAAGCCAAUUCUGAUAGAUUUCCUUAACGGACCUUUGGCGAAUGAAAAGAAGAGAGCCAUCACGAGGACAAGAAAUGUCGAUGACACCAAGGGUGGUCGAUCAACAACUGCCAGGAACGUUGAAGCUAGUGAUAUCUUACAGGAUGAGGAAAAAAACACUGCCUACAUGGUGCGACUAGUCUAUGACAAAUACUUAAAGAAGCAAAAUGAUGAAGACAUUAAUUUCUUUAGAUUUUUCAUAAACCCUAAAUCAUUUGCUCAAUCAGUGGAGAAUCUAUUUUAUACCAGUUUUUUGAUCAAAGAUGGAAGAUUGAAGUUGUAUACGGGUGCACUGGGGGUUCCUUGUAUAUCUCGUGUCAACCAAAAGGAGCUCGAACAAAUCAAAUUGGAUAGUUCAAACAUAUUGUCGUCACAUCACAUUGCCACUUUUAAUUACGAUGUGUGGCAACAUUUUAUAGAAGAGUUGGAUAUUAAGGAAGCGUUUUUGGGCCAUAGAGAAGAAAUAGAGGAUCAAAUUCCUGCUGAAGAUUUAUUUGAGGAUUUUGGUGAUGCCGAAAUAUCAUUUAAUAAUAAUGAAGCUGAUACUACUUCUAGCAGUACUACCACAACCCCAAGUUUCGAUGAAUAG